AUGGCCCCUUCAACCCGACUACGAGCUAGGCCGGACCGCCGUGUCAACUAUGCUGAGCCCUCUGGCCCGAUAGGUACCCGCAAUAACCCUGUUCGUAUCGAAGAAACCCCAGAGCCCGAAGCCGGCUCCCGAACCUCGCCUGCUCCUACCACAUCCGGCAGAAAGCGCGGUCGUAAGCUUCCUGUUCGCAAGAAAACUAGAGCUAUCUCACCUGAAGCACCAGAGGCCUCUCUUGAGAAGGACUCCAAAGCUGUCGCUCGUGUCAAGGCUGGUGCUGUUGUUAAACCAAAAGCAGAGCCGAAGACACGCAAGAAGCUUCCGAUACCGAAGGAAAAAGAGCGACCGAAGAAGCAAGAGUGCUCAAUCUGCGCAACAAUCAAGGACACGUCUAGAUCUUUCAAGGUCCCCAAUGAUGCCUGCGAACAUCUUCAGACUAUCUGCAACUUAUGUGUCGCAAAGAUGCUCAAGACGAAGGUCGCCGAUCGUCAACUCAAGGAUGCAGAGUUGAGCUGCCCAGUCCACGAAUGCGACUAUUCGCUAGACUAUGCAGCUCUUCAGGCCAUAGUUAGUAAGGCAGCUUUCGAAGACUACGACAAAGCCGUCACGAAGCACGCUCUAUCUAGUGGCGAAUCAUACAUCCCCUGUCUUUCUGCCAAGUGCGGCCGAUACUUCUCCAUCGAAGACUGCAAAAACACCAAAAGCAGCAAGCAGCGGGUCGCCUGCCCCUACUGCGAACACGAAAUUUGCUUGAAGUGCAAUCGCCCAUGGACGUCGCACGGGAAAGGUGGGUGUGACCAGGCGAAAAAGGCAGAGGACGAUUUGUCUAAGAGGGCUGUCAAGACCAUGGGAGCCAAGCCAUGCCCAAAGUGCGGUAUGAACAUCCAGAAGCACGGUGGAUGCGAUCACAUGACAUGUGAGCAGUGCGGCCACAACUUCUGUUGGGUGUGUCUCGUUGAGUACACCAAGGACAUUCGGCAUCGCGACGACUGCCCGCAUGCGCGAGUUCACGUUGCUGUCGAUCCUGGCAAUUGGCUUCCUGAAGACUUGACUCUUGCGCAGAUCAACCGCCUUAUCGCCGAAGCAGAUGCUCGUCUCGAUGCGCCCGUGGAAGCUCCCGCACACGCUCAUGUGAACGUUCCUCAUGUAGCUCCGGCACCACAAGCCCCAGCACCAGCACCACCGCCACUAGCCGUCGCUUUCGGCGGGAUGCUCAACCCUCUUAAUUGGAGGGGCGGUGGAGGCGGAGGUGGCGCAAAUGCAGGUGCGGGUGCUAAUCGUCACCCACCUGCCCGAGACCAUGAACGCAGACGACGGGACGAUGAGUUUUGA